UGAUCCACUGCAGUGACUGUGUGGCAAAGUCCGGCCAGCAGGUGUCGCUGCGGGCUAUGGAGAAACAGAGUGGAGAAGAGACGGGGCCUGGCCUGGGAAUUUGCUGUUCGCUUCCCAUUCUUCCUAAGCAGACAGACACACAACAUGGCGGACUAGAAUAGUCGGCCGACGCGCCCGGAUACAGCAGAUAAACCGUGGGAUUUAACAACCAGGAAGGCCAAGAAAGUACACUCUGAAGGGACGAUACGUUAGGGCGAAUCAAGGGUUUUAUGGGGGGUGCCGUCCUUGCCUGGAUUUAGCAGAUAAACUGACCGCGAAGUGUUGGUUGUGUGUCCCAGAUCGUGCUUCCCUCCUCUGCUAUCACCAAGGUCCCCCCACCCCACUCACACUCGGUUAAUGGGGUGUGGAGAUAGGGGCCGGGGUUGAAAAACGUGGAAGAGAAAGAGGAUACAUUCCUAGCUGGCUUUGAUUUUUUUUUCCCCCCUCGGGUUUCCUCUUGGUGCUACAGGAGUUGCGGACCACGCUGUGCGAAUGAGUGAUUGAUGCCAACUUCGCGUCUUCAGGGCAGAAUGGGUGUGUGUCCCCUGCUCCUGCUGCUCAGUCUAGCCCUUGGGGCCUCAGCCCAGGAUGUCCCCAUCACAAGUCCUCCAAAUAUCACUGCCAAACCCACAGACCCCCCUGCCGCACCCUCCCUCGACUUUACAGUCGCACGCACACAAGCCCCCAGAGGCCCACCCACAGCGCUCGCCCCCACAGUCAUCUCAGUGACAACAAUAACAACAACAACCACCACCACCACGAGCCCGGCUGGUGAGAAGGAUGUACAACUGGCGGGUACCAAUGCCACCGUGCGGGUGUUACCAGUCCCUGCUCCCCCACCUCCAUCUCCAACCGAUGCCCCUCAGGCACCACCGAACACAGAGCCUCCCCCUCCUCCCACCCCGGCAGGGGGAGACAACGGGACCACAUCCUUUGCCCCAGACACCUCAACUCUAGACACUUAUAGUGAUGAGAUAUUCACUGUGGAGACAGAGACCAACACAGAACCUGGGAUGGACUUCACCUCAGACACCAGCCCACAUGACAACAACCAGUCUGAUGACAUGCCAAUCAUAGCGGUCAUGGUGGCCCUGUCUUCCCUGCUGGUCAUCAUCUUCAUCAUCAUCAUCCUCUACAUGCUCAGGUUUAAAAAGUACAAGCAGGCGGGAAGCCAUUCAAACUCCUUCAGACUGACCAAUGGUAGAUCAGAUGAUACAGAACUCCAGAGCGUCCCACUAUUGGCCCGUUCACCCAGCACAAACAGGAAGUACCCACCCCUUCCCGUCGACAAGCUAGAGGAAGAAAUGAACCGUCGCAUGGCUGAUGACAACAAGCUCUUCAGGGAGGAGUUUAAUUCGCUGCCAGUCUGCCCCAUCCAGGCAUCGUGCGACGCUGCUUCCAAGGAAGAGAAUAAAGAAAAGAACAGAUAUGUCAACAUCCUGCCAUAUGAUCACUCCAGGGUGCAUCUCUCAUCUCUGGAGGGAGUCCCCGACUCUGACUUUAUAAACGCCUCCUUUAUAAAUGGUUACCAAGAGAAGAAUAAGUUUAUUGCAGCUCAAGGGCCCAAGGAGGAAACGGUAAAUGACUACUGGCGGAUGAUCUGGGAGCAGAACACAGCCACCAUUGUCAUGGUGACCAAUCUGAAGGAGAGAAAGGAGUGCAAGUGUGCCCAGUACUGGCCGGACCAGGGCUGUUGGACAUACGGGAACAUCCGCGUGUCUGUAGAAGACACAAUGGUUCUGGUGGACUACACCAUCCGCAAGUUCUGCAUCCAACAGGUGGGAGAUGUGUCUGGGAAGAAGCCUCAGAGGCUCGUCACCCAGUUCCACUUCACCAGCUGGCCAGACUUCGGGGUGCCCUUCACCCCUAUUGGCAUGCUCAAGUUCCUCAAGAAAGUCAAGAAUUGCAACCCCCAGUAUGCCGGGCCCAUUGUGGUCCAUUGUAGUGCGGGCGUGGGGAGGACAGGUACCUUCAUUGUGAUCGAUGCCAUGUUGGACAUGAUGAUUGCAGAGAGGAAGGUGGACGUGUUUGGUUUUGUCACCAGGAUCAGAGCCCAACGCUGUCAGAUGGUCCAGACUGAUAUGCAGUAUGUGUUCAUCUUCCAGGCGUUGUUAGAGCACUACCUGUAUGGAGACACAGAGCUGGAGGUGACCUCUCUGGAGUCCCACCUGGCCAAACUCUACUCCCCCUCACCUGGAGCGGGCUGCGGUGGUCUGGAAGCUGAAUUCAAGAAACUGACAUCCAUCAAGAUUCAGAAUGACAAGAUGAGAACAGGCAACCUGCCUGCCAACAUGAAGAAGAACAGGGUCCUACAGAUCAUUCCAUAUGAGUUCAACAGAGUGAUCAUUCCAGUCAAACGAGGAGAGGAGAACACCGACUACGUCAAUGCCUCUUUCAUUGAUGGCUACCGUCAGAAGGACUCGUACAUGGCGAGCCAGGGCCCCCUGCAGCACACAAUAGAGGACUUCUGGAGGAUGAUCUGGGAGUGGAGAAGCUGCUCCAUAGUCAUGCUCACUGAGCUGGAGGAGAGAGGGCAGGAAAAGUGUGCUCAGUAUUGGCCCAGUGAUGGAGUGAUGGUCUAUGGGGACAUCUCCAUUGAGAUUAAAAGGGAAGAGGAGAGCGAGAGCUACACAGUGCGUGACCUCCUGGUCACCAACAACAGGGAGAACAAGGCUCGAGCAGUGCGUCAGUUCCAUUUCCAUGGCUGGCCAGAGGUGGGCAUCCCCACUGACGGUAAAGGCAUGAUCAACAUAAUUGCUGCGGUGCAGAAACAACAGCAGCAGUCUGGCAACCACCCCAUCACUGUGCACUGCAGUGCUGGUGCUGGCCGGACCGGGACUUUCUGUGCAUUGAGUACAGUCCUGGAGAGGGUGAAGGCAGAGGGCAUCCUGGAUGUCUUCCAGACAGUCAAAAGCCUCAGACUGCAGAGACCCCACAUGGUGCAGACACUGGAGCAGUACGAGUUCUGCUACAAAGUGGUCCAGGAGUAUAUUGAUGCCUUUUCUGACUACGCCAACUUCAAGUAGGGACCUGGCAUGGAUGGUUGGAUGUUCGCAUACACUUCAUACAAGCAUAUGCACGCACCAGAACACACACACACAUACAUUACCAUGCAGAAAGCUGCAUAUUCCCAUCUGAUGGAUUUUCUAAAAAAAAAAUCACAAUGUGAUCUGUGGAUGGGAUGAACUGCCCGGAGGAAAAGGGAACAGAGGCCUCGGCCCGGAGGACAGGGCAGCGCAGUCGGACAGAGAAAAUAACUGAGAUGCCUUCUUGAAUAUUUUGUAAUAUUGGUCUUGUUAAUACAGCCCUUCACCCCUUUUUGCUUCCCAUAUCCUCCCCAUAUGUAUAUAUACUUACCAUGUUGCAUCUUAUUACUUUGGUUUCAGGCACAGUUUUGAGUUUGGCUGCAUUUUCGGGUGGCACCUGUAAUGUAUUUUAUUGAUAUAUAUAUGAAUAUAUGAAUAUAAAUCUAAUGCUUUGAAGAAGAAAAAUCCAGAGUUAAGGUAAUGCUAUUUGGAGUUUGUUUUUUGUUUCAUUUUUUAUUUUUUUUUUUACUUUUUAGGGACUUUUUGGCUUUGCUCGAGUCAUGCUGUUGCAACAUGUGUGGUAGCAGAACCCUGAACAUUAACAGACAAAACCUGGACUGUUUUUCAUUCCUAGACAUUCAUACAGUACACACACACACACACACACACACACACACACACACACACACACACACACACACACACAAGCAGAGCCAUUUUUCUUCACACACACUUAGUUCCAUCUAUCAAGCCACUUACAUUUUCUCCCCUUUUAUGUUUCUAGGGGUCAGGGGUUCAGAAGUCACUCACGAUUGGAGAUCCAAAUCUCUGUGAUGUAGCUCAUAGACUCAGGUUGACACACACACAUAAACAUACGCACUAAAUACCAGGAGCCAUUCUUUUUUUUUUCCUUUUUUUUUGCCUCUGUGUGUGUGUUUGUUUGAACUGGAGCAUAGGCUGGCAGAGAAGACGCAGUGUGUUUUCACAUCAUCUGCCAAGUGCCAAAAUCCUUCACUCACUUAGUUAUGCAGCUCUGGAGUCUGAGACACUCUACCAACCAUGUUUAGACAUUCAGUCCAAGAAAGCUAUUUUACUGUCCACGCUUCUGUAGCAAACACAUUCCUGGACUAUGACAGGGAAUUGGGAAAGCAGAAAAUAAAUAUAGAUUGUUUUUUACCCCAUUCAGUAUAAAAUAUAAGGAAAAGGAGAACUGGUCAAGCUUUAAUGUAAAAUCUCUAAAAUGAUUUUUAUUUUAAGGUCUGUUACAGUAUCCCAUCAAUGUUGAUCAUGUUGACAAGCCAAACCACAAACAACGCAAUCACAAGUAACUCCAAUAUUGUAUCAUAGAAAUUAACAAAUAUUAUAUAUCCAGCAUAUUUCAUUUCUUGUUUACAGACACACGUCAGUAUUUCUUGUAGAAUGUAUUGUGCAUUUCUUUUCUGAAUGGGUUUCCUUUGAGUCUGCCUGAAUCAUUAACUGUCAUUUCUUAUUUUUUUUUAUAUCAGCCUCACAUCACUACGCUGUACUGUCACUCUUUUAAAGAAUGACCCCCUUUUAUUUCCCACCAUGAACACUGAUGCCGAAGAAUGUUUUUUUUUUUAUUUGAAUGCUGUUGCUAACAUAUUCCUCAGAAAUGGAUACAUUGUUACUUUAAUAGUGGAGGUGUGCCAUGCAAUGUUUGCUAUGAUUUUUAUUUUAAUGGCUGUCCUCUGAGGACACUCAGACUUGAACUACAGUGGGGUUGUUUUUUGUUUUUUUUUAUAUGAGGUCACAAUUGAGACCAUGCCCUUUAUGAUUGUAAUGAAAUAUGAAUAAUGUCAGUUAACCGCAGGGCUUCAGGUCAGUCCUAAUUUCAACUCAGCCAGCUCAGGAAAUUACUGAUGCCAGGAUUGUUUCAAUUUAUAAAUUGAACAAAUUCAGCUUGUGUUCAUCUCCACAGCUGACUCACAUUCAAAUGGUGUUAACUCCCACCAGAGGAGUAUUCAGAUAUCAAGCCUCACCUGGAUUUAAAAAGAUUUUAAUGCCGUGAUAUUAGAAAUUAUAUUUCUUUUAGGAGUUUUUUUAAUGUAGAUUUUAACUGAAAACAGCCCCAUACUUGUACAUAGUUUACAUCACACUAACUAGUACAUUACACUAACACUCCCAUAUGUAAUUACUUUUAUUAAAAGAUGGAGCACAAUCAAAUUUUAUUUAUUGAUAGUAGACAUCAUUAAAAGUACAUGCUGAAUUUUCAAGAAAGGUGAUUUCAUCACUGUUGAUUGUUUGAACACUUGUGCACUAUUUGCACCAAAAGCAAAGUUCUUAAAAAUACUGAACCAAAUGAGAGAUAAGGUCAGAAUGAUGAUAUGGCCUUGAUAUUGGAAUAUGGGAACUAGAUUUGAACUCUUGAGAAGCUCUUUCAGGUCUCAAAGCCCCUGGUUAAGGCUUCUGUAAGGCCCCUGUAGGGACCUACAGAAGAAGAAAGUAGCAGAUAUUUUAAUUGACCAGUCACUGAAAUUGUUGGCUGCUUGUGCAUCAUCAUCGUCAUUUCAGGUCUUCUUUUGUUCCAAAGUAUCACAAGUGCCCGCACGAUUAGUUAGGUGCCAUAAUGUUCUUCAUUUAUUUACUUUAGUCACUUAUUGGUUCUUUAAUUAAUAUAGGAGGGGGAUGCUUUUUGUUUGGCUAUUCUGUCAGUGCUUAAAUUACAUGGGUUUAUUGUGUGUGUUUGGAUCAUGCGAUCUUUUGUCUCACCGCAAUUUGACUGUAAAACAUGACACUGCGCCAACCCAUGAGACCCACUAUUUUGCUAUUCUAGUGAACUUUAAAAAGUGCCUCACUGGUAGGUUUUAAAAAAAAAAAAAACUAAAUUUUCUCAACUUUACAUACAAUAUGUGGUGGAACCGUUGUCAUUCGAAAGGCUGUCCUUUGCAUUUUCCCAGCUCGCAUGUAUUUCCUCAACUAUCACGUGCAGACUGAUGACAAACCUCUUUAUAUGACGAAUCAAUAGGGCCAAAAACAAGACUGGGUCAGUCAUCCUUUCUCUCACAUUCCCUCUAGUCGCGUAUACGUAUAUUCCUUGAUUGUGCAGAUCAAACUAACAUUGAGGCCACUUGUUAAAUAAAUUCCAUCUUGAUUUAAUGGCUUUAUUUCAUUCCAUAUCACUUAAAUGUGGGAUCCAUGACAAGUAAUCAAUUGUGGAUACCCAAAUGUUCAACAAAAAUUCAUAAAUUCUUCUCACAACAAAUACUGUUGUAUCUUUUAAGCAUUAUCACCAAGAGAAAUCAGUUGUUCCUGUUUCACGUCCCUUUAUUCCUGGAGAUUUGCCCCAGUGGAGCAUUUUGAACGCCCCGAGGAUUAAAAUAUGUCUCCAUUUGUGGAGCGUUAAACCAAAGGAAGACUAGAGUCCAACUUCACUCUUCUUCUCUCCACCUUUUUAUAUGUCCUUUAUGUCUCCUAUCCAUCUUUACUCACUGCUGUCCACUUAUCGCUUCCUUUUCCUCUUUCACUUUGUCCUUGGACCAUUUUUUCCCAGUGGUCACAGCCCACUCCCUUUUGUACAUAAUGUAAGGUUAUUUAUAUUUCAUUCCUGUCUGCUGCCUUGCUUAUUUUAUUUUCUUCUUCCCCCUUCUUAAGUUUUUUCUUUUUAAAAGAUGUAUAUUGAACUGUAUCGGGACCAUUUUGAAAUGUUUUGUUUUGGCCAUUCUUAAUUUGGUAUAAUUGUCUUAAGCAAAUCCUAUUUUUUAAUUUGCCUAUGUUUGUUUCUAGUGUUUUGUUAUUCAACAUUUGAAUAUAUGUAUAUAUAAUUAUAUAUAUAUGAUAAAAUUAUAUAUAAUUAUAUAAUGCCGAAUGGCCUUUCUAAACAAGAUACUGUUCAAACCUAAUAAAGUGCUUGAGAUUUUA